GAACGUUUCGCCAUUAAUCACAGUAAAUGGGUCGGACAUGAGCGUUCAGGUAGCAGAUGGCGCAGUUAAUAAAGAUUUAGUGGGCCUGGCAAGGCCCAGACGUAAAGACGACAGUUGUGUGAAGCAAGCGAGACCCAGGUUGGAGGCGUGUCUGCUUUUUUGACAAAAAUUAUAAAUCAACACGCUUGUGCGUCACGUAAGCUUCGUUAAGCGCAAGCGCAUAUCAUGCUUUCCGUUGCUACAGCUGUUCUUAAACGCACCCGUGUGGAACACUUCGUAAGGUCGCUCCACUCUUCUACUUUGAUCAAAAUGCCGAUUAAGGUGGGGGAUUCUCUUCCUGCUGUGCAAGUCCACGAGGGUGAGCCAGGAAAAAAGGUGGCAAUGGAUCAACUCUUUAAGGGGAAGAAAGGCAUCCUCUUUGCUGUACCAGGAGCGUUCACCCCUGGUUGCUCCAAGACUCACCUGCCAGGUUAUGUCCAGCAGGCAGCAGAGCUGAAGGAUAAAGGCAUACAGGAGUUGGCCUGUGUGUCCGUGAAUGAUGCUUUUGUCAUGGCCGCCUGGGGAAAAGAGCAUGGAGCAGAUGGCAAGAUUCGAAUGUUGGCUGAUCCUACAGGAGAAUUCACAAAGGCUGUGGACUUGUUGCUUGACAGUGAUCAGAUUAUGCAGGCACUUGGAAACAAGAGGUCAAAGAGGUAUGCAAUGGUGGUAGAAGAUGGAGUCGUGACAAAGAUCAACGUGGAGCCAGACGGCACAGGGCUAACCUGCAGCCUGGCGCCCAGUAUUGUGUCUGCACUCUAAACUUGUUUAUAACUUGUCAACCAAAUUAUAAAAGUUGCACUAACUGUUCCAAAUCUGUGACAAAGCUUCUCCCUCAUCCUAAAGAGCACCACAAAUGUUAAAUGAGUACUAGUUUGGAAAAAUAGAGAUGCAAGGUGUUUAAUACGCACAAAUAUGACCGGAAAGAAAAUAAUAAAAUUCAUUUCUUGAUCAGCAA